AUUCUGUGGACGGGUUGAUGAAGAGGAGUGAUACGAGAAAUUGAGAUAUUAGUAACUUUUGCGUUUAGUGUAAAUAAAUCGUGUUGAAUUCCAAAGAAAUUAUUGUAAAACGUUGUCAUAUAUUUUUUAAUUCUAUAUUAGGUGAUUAAGUGAAUUUCAGAAUUCUUCAGCGUUAUGGUUCAUUGAGUGUAAGCUAUAACAUCAAGAUGGCUGAAGUGGAUCCGGAAACAUUGCUUGAAUGGCUGCUCACAGGCCAGGGGGAUGAGAGAGACAUGCAGCUGAUUGCACUUGAGCAACUAUGCAUGCUAUUGCUCAUGUCCGAUAAUGUGGAUAGAUGCUUUGAGAGUUGUCCACCUAGAACAUUUUUGCCCGCUCUAUGCAAAAUAUUUCUUGAUGAAUGUGCUCCAGAUAAUGUGCUUGAGGUUACAGCCAGAGCAAUUACAUAUUACUUAGACGUUUCAGCUGAAUGCACAAGAAGGAUUGUGGCUAUUGAAGGCGCUGUGAAGGCAAUUUGCAGCAGAUUACUAACAGUUGACCCUAAUAAUAGAACUAGCAAAGAUCUCGCAGAACAAUGCAUUAAAGUAUUAGAAUUGGUGUGCACUCGUGAAGCUGGUGCAGUGUGGGAGGGUGGAGGCUUACCUUCGGUGUUGCACUUCAUAACACAUCAUGGAACUUCAGUGCACAAGGAUACUCUGCAUUCUGCAAUGGCAGUUGUGUCGAGGGUGUGCGGUAAGAUGGAGCCGGGGGAUGCUCGUGUGGGAGACGCUGUGUCUUCUUUAUCUACGUUAUUGCGUCAUUCAGACGCUCGUGUGUCGGACGCGGCGCUGCGGUGCUUCGCCUCGCUGGCCGAUCGGUUUGCUCGUGCACACGCUGACCCCGCACCACUUGCCCAACAUGGCUUAAUUGAAGAACUAGUUCGACGUUUGGGAACAACAGAGAACUCGGAUGACAAAUGUCUCAUGCCUUCAGUGUCUACAACAGUCAGCUUGUUAUCUACCCUCUGCAGAGGAUCGGAACAGAUUACACAUGAUUUAGUUCGUCUUGAUCUAUGUUCCGCGAUUGAGACAGCUGUCCAAGCUGAUGAACGCUGGUGUCUAGAGUGCAUGCGGCUCGUGGAUUUACUUCUCGUUCUGCUGUGUGAAGGACGACACGCUAUACAGACCAGUUCAAACCGCAUGGGGUCCGCGUCGUCCAGCGGGGCGGGUGGAGAGGGUUCCAGUAAUGCCACAGCUACUGGGAGCCGCGGAGAUAAAUCUCACAGGCAGCUGAUAGACUGUAUUCGGGGCAAAGAUACUGACGCUUUGAUAACAUCCGUCACCAGCGGCUCCGUGGAUGUUAACUUCACGGAUGAUGUAGGGCAGACCUUACUUAACUGGGCAGCGGCCUUCGGUACUAGGGAGAUGGUGGAGUUUCUGUGCGAGAAAGGUGCUGAUGUUAACCGUGGUCAGCGUAGUUCAUCGCUUCAUUACGCUGCCUGUUUCGGUAGACCGGCUAUAGCUAAAGUGCUGCUACGGUAUGGAGCCAAUGCUGACCUACGAGACGAAGACGGCAAGACACCUUUAGAUAAAGCAAGGGAACGACACGAUCAAGGCCAUAGAGAAGUAGCAGCUAUACUGCAGUGUCCAGGGGAGUGGUUGGUUGUGAGUAACCAAGACUCGCCGGCGUCAUCAAACGAUGAAGACUUCCCGGAAACUGGUGAUAAAGAAAUGGCAGCCAUAUAUUUAGAGCGUCUGAUACCUGUGUUCUGCGCUCGUUACAUCGGCGCGGGCGGAGCGGGCGUUCGUCGCGCGUGUUUGUCGCUCGUCCGUAAGAUGGUGCACUACGCUCCGGCCGCCCGUCUGCGAGCACUGUCCACGCCGCGUUCAGCCUCCCUCCUCACCCGUCUGCUGGCUCACGUGCUCGAUACUCAGGGGGAGUCCCCGCGCCGGUCGUCGCGUGUACUACGAAGCCGCUAUAUCCGUCCACCUGCGGACGAUGACGACGGUCAUUUGACAGUGCUGGGUAUAGCCGAAGAGUUGAUGGUGAAGGCUGCUGAUAUCUACUUGGAACAGUUUGCACGUUUGGGGGUGUUCAGCAAAGUAGAAGCUUUGGCCGCGGCACCAGCCAAUGAGAUGAACGCUGACGGGGAGACAGUUAUAACUACCGGUGUGAGUGAAGACGCAACCAGUCUUUCCAGUGGGUGUGCUUAUUGGUGGGGGGAGUGGUCGUUAUGUCGUGGCAGGGAUGCCCUCUACUGUUGGAGCGACGCCGCCGCCCUCGAGCUCAGCACCGGUUCCAAUGGCUGGUUUCGGUUCUUGUUGGAUGGAAAACUGGCCACUAUGUACUCCAGCGGCAGCCCUGAACAUCAGACAGACAAUACCGAAAAUCGUGGGGAAUUCAUCGACAAACUCCAGAGAGCGAGAGCGUCUGUCAAAAAUUGCGUACCCCAAAGUAUAUUGUCGAAACCAGGUCCUACAAAAUUGGUACUCGGCAAUUGGGUUAUUUCAUGUAAAAAGGAGAAGGAGCUUCACAUCCAUAAUACAGAUGGUCAACAGCAGACAACGAUAUUGAGAGAAGAUUUACCUGGAUUCAUCUUUGAAUCGAACAGGGGAACAAAACACUCUUUUACUGCAGAAACUUUCUUAGGUCCAGAGUUAGCGAGCGGUUGGGCUGAUCGUAGGCCGGUAGUCUCUAACGGUCAAAGUCACAGUCGCAGUAGACUAUCCGCUAAGAGCGAGGCUCAGAAGGCCCAAGUGUCAGAGCGAGCCCGCGCCUUGUACACUAGACACCUCGCGAGCGCGGCCGGCCGGCAACCACGCGCGCCCGUCGCCAGGCUUAGAGCGCUCUUGUCUAAACUGCAGACACUCGCUACAAAUCCUAAUGGAGAUUGGCAACAAGAACUGAAAUCUUCUCUGGAGCAGCUGACUGAACUACUGUGUGGGGAGGAGUUACUCUCUGCUUACGAACUGCAGUCCUCAGGCUUGGCUCCGGCCUUGCUGCAAGUACUUUCACCGCAACCGAAUGAUAAGCCAGGCCAGUUAUCGGACCGCGAGGGCGUGGUUCGCUGCUGGGCGUGGUCGGGCAACCCGGAAGGUUCAUGUGGCGCGGCCCUGGCUGGCCGGUUGGUGGCAGUGUUGGAGAGUGUGGAGCGCCUGCCUGUACUGGCACCAGCACCUGACGCACCGCCUCACCAGCCGCCCACCUUACAUCACCUCACCAAACGGAUCAGGUUACGAGUGGAACGUGCUAACGAGGAGACGUCAGAAGAAUCGGCUGCCAAUAAUAACGCAGGACGCAGUCUGAAGGUCGAAGCCCUGACGACCAUUCGUCAACUGGAGAGAUUCCUCGCUAAGUCCGUGGCCCGACAGUGGUACGACAUGGACCGGUCUACUUUCCAUUUCGUACAGAAGAUUAAGUCCGAAGCGCCAAUGACGUUCACUUAUGAUCACGACUUUGACGAGAACGGUGUGCUAUAUUUCAUCGGCAGUAACGGCGGUACUUGUGAAUGGGUUAACCCGGGUGCUCACGGUCUCGUGAGCGUGUGGAGUUCAGACGGGAAACAGUUGCCUUACGGUCGCGCUGAGGACGCGCUGUCCAGGUCCCCGGAGCCGCUUAACGUCCACACCAAUGACGAUAGACGUGCAUUCAUAGCCGUCGAUCUUGGACUACAUCUGGUACCGUCAGCGUACACGCUGAGGCACGCUAGAGGUUAUGGAAGAUCUGCGCUUCGUAAUUGGCUGUUUCAAAUGUCUAUGGAUGGCGUCAGUUGGACUACGUUGGUAGCACACUGCGAUGAGCAAGCGCUACAGGAGCCCGGCAGUACGGCCACGUGGAGAGUGCGGGUGGACGCACACUACCGCUACCUGCGGAUACAGCAGAACGGAAAGAACGCCAGCGGACAGAGCCACUACCUGUCGCUGUCCGGUCUGGAGAUAUACGGCAAGGUGGUGAGCGUGGUUGAUACUCCGCCUCGUCAAGUCGGCAGCACCAGUACAUCCAGCUCGUGUUCGGGUGCGCGCGCUCGGCGCUGGUCGCGCGGAGCCCGGGGGCUGUGCGCAGGGGCGAGGGUCAUGCGAGGAGUGGACUGGAAGUGGCGAGACCAGGACGGACCUCACCCUUCCGUGGGCACUGUGACCUCCGACUUGCACAACGGUUGGGUGGAUGUUAGGUGGGAUCACGGUGGCCGGAACUCAUAUCGUAUGGGGGCGGAGGGCAAGUUUGACCUCAAGGUCGUCGGUGGGGGCGCGACCGGCGCCUGCGGGGGGGAGGGGGCGCGGGCCUCCAGGAAGAGUCACUCCACACCCAGCCUGCCUGAUGCAACGGGUACAGAGCAACAGGUGUCCGUGGCGUCUACGGAGCAGGCGUCCUCUGCGGACAAUAUAUCAUCUGAGGUGGGCGGGAACAUGGCGCGGCCGAGGGGUAACGCCGCCGACCUCUCCGCUAUCAAUACAUCAACACAUCAUAUAAACACAGAUCUUGCGACAAUCGUAGAAUCCCUCACUCUGGGCGCAGAAAGCAACAACUGUAUGUCGGAUCUCGGCAACACUUCCUUCACGAAUAUGGAGAUGGGCCCGACCAGCAUCACAGACAUCACUAAACCAUAUCCCGCCAAAGAACCACUACCGGAUUCUACGUCCCAAGAGAUGGGUUCGUUGCGCUGCGACGGUGAGGCGAUGCGCAACAGCGCCAACGCGUUGCUCUCCAGCGAACUGCUCGCGCUGCCCGCGUCUCUGCUGCACACGCUGCGCAACAACGCUAACAGGCUGCACAUACAGUGCGAGGAGAACGAGGGCGGUGAAGCUCAGUUCGGCGAACACAAGAAGGACGCGCAGGCCGCCGCCGGCGCUAUGAGCGCUAGCGAACCUGAUCUCACACAACAGGGCGCGGCUCGUCUGUUGGAGUCUCUCGGCGUGGGGCGGGGCGCGGGCGCGGGGAGAGGCGCCGCUACACAGCGCAGCUCACGCUCCAACCACUCCGCGCUGUUAUUCCCAAGUUUAGUGCGUCUCGCUCUGUCGAGCAACUUCCCCGGUGGUCUGCUCUCCGCCGCUCAGAGCUAUCCGUCGUUGGCACCCAACGCUCAAAAUGCACUCACUCUAUCACUCACAUCGACUUCCAGUGAAAGUGAACAGGUCUCUUUGGAAGAUUUCUUGGAAUCAUGCAGAGCCCCGGCCUUGCUGACGGAGUUGGAGGACGAUGAUGAAGGAGACGACGCCUUGGACAGUGACAAAGAAAACGAACCGACUUAUCAGGAUGUUGUGUCUCGUAACUUGCUAUCCCUGAUGGAGGAAGAGGCUCUCGAGGCGGUCCGUGGGUCCGGCGGCGGGGGCUCCGGGGGCGGGAGCGCGGGCGCGGGUGGCGCACGCUCGCGGAAGCCCUGGGACGACGACUUUGUACUCAAGAGGCAGUUCUCGGCUCUCAUACCGGCCUUCGAUCCGAGACCCGGACGUACAAAUCUGAAUCAGACCGUCGAUCUCGAUAUCCCACUAAAUGAUGAUUCCGAUACUGAGAGCACGGAAGCGACGACCAGCACCGAGAGGAACGGCAACGUGCCAGAGAGCAAUGGCAACGUGAUAGCCACCAAGUUGCCAGCAUUACGGCUGGUGCUGUCCGCCGGCGGGCUGUCUCUACCGCUGGAGAAACCUUCGUGGACGUUGUAUAGAGCCGUGUUGGCUCUUAACUCGCGACUGCCAGCUCACGAUACUCAUAGAGAUACCACGUACACACUAACAUACAAAGAGAUCGAAGGUGUGGAAACAUUCUCCAGUUCUUGCGACAGCGACGAAGACGAACCGGGCGAUCCAGAUACAAGCAGCGUGUAUUCUGAGGGCGGUUCCAGCGAGGGUAUGGUGACGUGGUGUGUGCGGGCGCUCCGUCGCCUGAGGACCGUAGCCCCGGGGCUGCCGCCCGCCUCCUUCCUCUCCACUAAGCUAACCAACAAGUUGCAUCACCAGCUGCAGGAUCCUCUCACACUAGCCGCCGCAGCCACACCCAGAUGGUGUCAACAGUUGAACGACUGGUGUCCGUUCCUGUUCCCACUGGAGACGAGGCAGAUGUUCUUCGCGUGUACCGCCUUCGGUACUUCACGUACUAUUGUAUGGCUUCAAGCUCAGAGAGAUCGCGCUUUGGAUAGGCAAAGGACUGGGAACACGGUAUCUCCUCGCCGCGCCGAGCUAGAGGCGACCGAGUUCAGGAUGGGCCGCCUUAGACACGAACGAGUUCGUAUACCGAGGCAUCCUAAUCUGUUACGAUCAGCGAUGCAGGUGAUGAGAGUCCACGCGGCUCGCAAGUCAGUGUUGGAGGUGGAGUUCGCGGGUGAAGAGGGCACAGGCCUGGGACCUACGUUGGAGUUUUACGCUCUCGUGGCCGCGGAGCUCCAGAGGGCCGACCUAUCGAUGUGGCUCAGUGAUUCGCCCGCGCCGACAUUAGACGCCGAGCUCGCGCCGCUACCACUCACCUUGCCUGACGAAAAACCACCCGGCUACUACGUGACACGCGCCGGCGGUCUGUUCCCCGCGCCGCUCCCACAAGACUCGCCUAUCUGUGAUAAAGUUUGCAAAUAUUUCUGGUUCCUUGGAGUAUUUUUAGCGAAGGUGCUGCAGGACGGCCGGCUGGUUGAUCUUCCCUUGUCCGAGCCAUUCUUACGUAUAAUGUGCGGCGAGGAAUUGACGAUUGCUGACUUGGAGGAAAUAGAUCCCAUAAGGCAUAGGUUCCUGGCUAGCGUCCUAGCAGCCGCAGAGCAGUACGAAGCUCUGAAACAAGAAUCGUCUCUAUCUGAGAGUGAAGUCCAAGAGCGCGCGGCCGCGUUGACGGUAGAUGGCGCCACUUUUGAAGAGCUCUCUUUGACUAUGACGCAUGUGGGAGGACGCGACGCGUAUCCCCUCUGCGACGGAGGGGAACAUGUAGAGGUGGGGCCAUCAAACGCGCGUUUAUACGCGGAGGCCAGCGCCAGGUAUAUGGUGAGGGACGGCGUCGCCAAUCAGACCGAGGCCUUCCGGCGAGGAUUCGCUGGGGUGUUCCCUCCGCGGAGACUGAGAGCGUUUACGCCGCCCGAGCUGAGGCUCCUGCUGUGUGGGGAGAGGGGACCCGCGUGGACCAGGGAACAUCUGUUACAAUAUACCGAACCAAAAUUAGGAUACACCAGAGACAGUCCGGGAUUCCUCCGCCUGGUGGACGUGUUGGUGGAGAUGUCUAUCAGAGAACGGAAAGCCUUCCUUCAGUUCGCUACGGGCUGCAGCAGUCUACCGCCCGGAGGUCUGGCUAACUUACAUCCUAGACUCACUGUCGUGAGAAAGGUCGACGCCGGCGACGGUUCAUAUCCGUCUGUGAACACGUGCGUGCAUUAUCUCAAACUGCCUGAAUAUUCGUGCAAGGAGGUGUUGAGGGAACGGCUGCUGGCCGCGACCAACGAGCGGGGAUUCCAUCUCAAUUAAAUGGAAACAGAUGUUUAAUAAAACUAACGCAUGGAUCAUAACAACGCCGCUGAGCUUGCAAGUGCUAUAUUAAUCCUAUAUAAACUAUGUUCUCAUGUGUACUUCCGAACUUUAAUCGGCGAUGCAUGAAGCUCUCAUAUAAAAUUCUUCAUAUAAUGCAUGCAUAAUGAAUGCUAACCAAAUACGAUCGCCUCAUACAGAGUGAUCGAUUGCUGUGUAAAUAUCUUAGUAUUUCAGAUAUAAACAACGUAUAUUUAUAUUUGAAUAAAUAACAAACUUAUAAUUAGGCUAAAGUGUUGUAGCUAUUGUAUUUUUAUGAACGAAUCUUUCGGAUGGCGCCGCGUCAACCUCGUGUCCGGUUUUUGCAAUAUAAAGAGGCUAUUAUGAUUUUUUUUUUAAUCAUGUAAUUUUUUUUUCUCAACAUUCAUUACUCCAUUAGAAGUUUUACUAGUUGAUAUAUAAAAUAUUAAAAAAUAUAUAUAAAUUCUAUGUAUUGCACUAAACAUUUUGUAUUAUGACAAAAAAAAAUUUUUUUAUAUAUGUACGCUUUAGAUUGUAGAUGUAAUAUUGUUAUUAAAAUAUGUUUUAAUCAACUAACAUGUUUUAUAUAAAGUAAAUAGCAGAUAGUUUUCGUUUUCAAUUACCCACUAAUUCUAUAGAUUUACCCACACUAAUGCUAGUUAAUCAAAAUUAAUACAUUUUGCAAUACCAACGAGACGCAACGGAAUCAGGUUAUAGCGAUUUUGAUACUUACGCUGUAUGAUAUAAGGACUGAAAUGUGUUUCUUUUUAUUAUUUUGUUGGUGUGUGACACACGUGUGUGGAAUGAUUUAGCAGUAUGUUCCUUUAGUUAAAUAAUUUUGUCAACUUAAAGUUGGUAUUGUGAUUUAUGAUAUAAAAAAAAUAUAUAUAUGAAUGGAAAAAUAUUUAGUUUGAAUUUAAUAGGGUUCAAGAUUAUAAAAGGUUAGUAUAUUGUAGCGUGUAAUUCAUUUUUGUUGAGGAUUGUAUUAAUAAAGUAAGGAAAAUUAA